UUCCAAACUUCCUCUGUAAUUGCUCCGAACCGACUCUGGGGUUUAGGGUUUUUGGUGGCUUAACCAUAGCCACUAUUUUCCCUCCAUUUUCUCUCUCAGUCUGUCUUUUCUCUAUCUCAGUCCUCUGCAGGUAAGCUCCAUCAAUUACCCUUUUUGUUUUCUUAAUCUCCCGUUCUUUUAUCACCAAAUUUAACACCUGUUAACUUAUUGCUAUUUCAUCUUUUUAUUGCCUUUAAAAAAAAACAGUGUUGGGUUUAUACUCUUUUUAUGUGGCGUUUUUAAUGGGAAAAGGCUUGGCAACGUUUCUGUUUAGAAUCUAUACAUCUAAGAACAAUGUUUCUAGAGUUAAGUUUAUGUUAUCCAAUCGGUAUUUUCAUUCUCUACGGCAAUAUGAAAACUGGGUUUCGGAUAAAGACCCUUUUGUGCCAUCUUUCGAUAUGCCCGGAAGAGAAUUUUCGACGAGUUUGGUUGGUUUAGGUGGUAAAUUUAGGAACUUCGGAGAUGCUAAUGUGAGACCUUUUUCGUCUGUUGUUGAAAAUGGGGAUGAUGAUGGUGGGGAGGAUAGUGUAAUGCGUGGUUCGAGAAGGAAAAGAAGUGAGGAGAAGAAUAUUGUGGAUUUUGUGAAAAGUAUAGAUUUUGAUGGUGUCACUGAGAAUAAGGGUGAGGAAGGUGUUGAUGGUUUUAAUGAGAACGGUAUGUAUGGUUCAAGAGAUGUUGAGUCGGAACAUGAAAGUGAUAAAGAGAAUAAGGAUAUUGUGAAUUUAACGAGAAUUAAUGGUUUUGAUGGUGUCCAUGAGAAUUUGGUUGACGAUGGUAUUGAUGAUUUUAAGGAGAAUGGUAUGUGUGAUUCAACAGUUGUUGAGUCAAAAUAUGAAAGUGAUGAUGUAAGUAAUGAUAAAACUGUGGGUGGCAAGCAAGUGGCUUUUCGUGAUCCUGUGGAAUUGUAUCAGGAACUUCGUAAUAUUGAAAAGCAUGCAAAGCUGAAACGAGCUGAUUGGGAGAUUGUACAAGAAGUUUUCAAUUAUUUCAGUAAAUCAGGGUUGGCAGCCAAUCAGUCUCUUGCCAUUUACAUUGGCAGGUCAUUUUUCCCUACAGCUGUCCAUAAGUUUCGCAGCUUUUUCUCUAAGAAAUGUUCAGCUGUUGUUGCUGAGCACGUGAUAUCACUAGGUCCAUCUGAUGCUGCUGUUAAGUUUCUUUUCCCUAUAUUUGUGGAGUUUUGUAUUGAAGAGUUUCCAAAUGAGAUCAAGCAGUUUCGAAGUAUGAUUCAGUCCGCAGAUCUUACAGAGCCACAUACAUGGUUUCCCUUUGCGAGGGCAAUGAAGCGUAAGAUUGUUUAUCACUGUGGUCCAACAAAUAGUGGCAAGACUUACAAUGCUUUGCAGCGUUUUAUGGAAGCAAAGAAGGGUGUUUAUUGCAGUCCGCUUAGGCUUUUGGCUAUGGAAGUUUUUGACAAAGUGAAUGCACAAGGAGUUUACUGUAGUCUCCACACAGGGCAAGAAAAGAAAUUUGUCCCAUUUUCGAAUCAUGUUGCCUGCACUGUGGAAAUGGUGUCAACAGAGGAAUUAUAUGAUAUAGCUGUGAUUGAUGAAAUCCAGAUGAUGUCAGACCCGUAUAGAGGUUAUGCAUGGACACGUGCAUUGCUUGGAUUGAAAGCUGAUGAGAUACAUUUGUGUGGAGAUCCAACUGUUCUCAAUAUUGUCAGAAAGAUAUGUUCUGAAACUGGAGAUGAGUUGCAUGAGCAUCAUUAUGGCAGGUUCAAACCAUUAGCGGUUGAAGCCAAGACUCUGCUGGGAGACCUUCGAAAUGUUCGAUCUGGUGACUGUGUUGUUGCUUUCUCAAGGAGAGAGAUAUUUGAGGUGAAAAUGGCCAUUGAGAAACACACAAGUCACCGCUGCUGUGUUAUUUAUGGUGCUCUGCCACCAGAGACUCGCAGACAGCAAGCUAACUUGUUUAAUGAUCAAGAUAAUGAGUUUGAUGUGCUUGUUGCCAGUGAUGCUGUGGGAAUGGGAUUGAAUCUUAAUAUUAGGAGAGUUGUCUUUUAUAGUCUUUCAAAGUACAAUGGUGACAAGAUUGUUGCAGUCCCAGCAUCACAGGUUAAGCAAAUUGCGGGAAGAGCUGGUCGUAGAGGAAGCCGUUAUCCGGAUGGACUGACAACAACCUUGCAUUUAGAUGAUCUGGAUUAUCUAAUUGAUUGUUUAAAGCAGCCCUUUGAAGAAGUUAAGAAAGUGGGUCUCUUUCCUUUCUUUGAGCAGGUUGAAUUGUUUGCUGGGCAAUCCCCAAAUGUUACUUUCUGCAAGUUGCUUGAAAAGUUUGGUGAAAAUUGUCGUUUGGAUGGGUCAUACUUUUUGUGCCGUCAUGAUCAUAUUAAGAAGGUGGCAAAUAUGUUGGAAAAGGUCCAGGGAUUAUCUUUGGAAGAUAGGUUCAACUUCUGUUUUGCUCCAGUUAAUGUUAGAGACCCGAAAGCAAUGUAUCAUCUCCUUAGGUUUGCUUCGUCUUACAGUAAAAAUGUCCCAGUAAGCAUAGCAAUGGGCAUGCCAAAAGGUUCUGCUAAAAAUGAUGCUGAGCUCCUGGAUCUUGAGACUAAACAUCAAGUUUUAUCUAUGUAUCUGUGGCUAUCUAACCACUUCAAGGAGGAAACCUUUCCUUACGUGAAGAAAGCAGAAGAAAUGGCUGUUGAUGUUGCUGACUUGUUGGGUAAGUCUCUUGUUAAUGCAUGCUGGAAACCAGAAUCGAGACAGGGAAAGAAACCUAAGCCUCAAGAGAAGGAAGAAGGAUAUCAGAGACGCAGGUCAAUUAUCAAGUUACAUGAGAAGAAAAGGCAAGAUAAAUCUGCUCUUGCAGACAAUUCAUCAAAAGUAGCAGCGUAAUCAUAUUAUAGGUGAGAUCUGGAAUUAUUAUGCUAAAGUGAUCUUAAAUCAAGUUUCAGACGUCUAAUUUCCCGACAAAAGUUUCCAAAAUUACCGUGUCCUACGGCUUGCGGCCUAUUUAUAAAGGGAUAAAGGAAAAAAGGGAAAAAAGGGAAAAAGCACUACUACAUCCUGUGAUAUGUAGGGAAUAAGAGAAAUUAUUAGCCCCUAAUGAGUUGUAACGAAACUCAAUGAAUGUUUUUUUUUUCAAUUUAGAUUGUAGAAAUUAUCAGGACGUGAAAUCUGAUUAUUAAAUUAAAAGCACUCUUUCAACUAGCUAAUCUUUGUCUGGCUGUUCGGGAUUUUUAUCAAUCUGAAAAUUACUGACAUGAAUUCAUUUAGGAAGCUACCAUGUCCAUGACCAUGGUCAAAGGGUAAUAACUUAAGAAUUAACUGUUAAAAUUGUGUAUUGAGUUUCCAUAGAGGAUCAAGCAGAUUUCUAUAAUCAAGAUGCUUUAAUGCAGCAUGCUUUGUACCGAAUUCUUAAGCAUUCACGGUGUAAUGUCAAGAGAGUUCUCAUCAAAGAAAUCAGCAGCCUAAGAGUUACCUUUUUGU